GUGUGUGUGUCUCAAUCCUGCUAUGCCAGCGACGUAUUGUGACAGGCAAAACAAUUAAAUGCACUUCCAAUUGAUCCUCUAAUGACUAAUAAAUCAUUAAAUAUUGGAAACAAAAAAUAUACCGGAUCUCUACCAUUUGAGUAAAUCGAGUAUUUAUAUCAAUCACAGUUAAGUUGUGCAGUAGCAAUGAGUAUGUCGUAGUAAUAAAUCUGAUUUGCUUCCCGAGGAGAGUUUGAAUGUGGAAUAUUGUGCAUUAUGAUGAUUGGUUCAACCACAAAUCGGGGGGGAAAAAAAAAGCAUUUUACUUGUGUGUAUUAACGGCAAUUGAACGCUGACGUUUGUGGGCCGCCUCGCGUUCACCUUAUACAGCUGUCGGCGGAAGAAGAUGCAAAAUCUCCAGCUGGCUGCGAGCAUCCUGUCUGUGUGUUUGGAGGAUUACAUAAUCCAUGCAAUCCCCCCCCAGCCCCCUCUACCCUCAAUCUGCACUGGAUUGACCCACUAAAUCACAGUAGUUCCAGUAGUUUUGUUUGUUGCUGGGUUGAGGAGGAUUUGACCAAAGUAAUCAAUGUGGGCAAAAAAAAAAAAAACAUUGAUUAAUACGGUACGCAGAUGCAUUGUGGGUACACAACUGCUGUGAAUUCCACUGGUCCUGUGGGAUAUUUCUACAUGAAGGUCAAACAGUGUUGAAAAUGUCUUCAAAUUUUGUUCCAUCUUUUUACAGUGCUGCUACGUCUCCAGUGCGUGAUGAAGUGCUGAGAGCGCAAGUGGACGGACAAUUGAGGACAGAAGAGAGUUCGACACCAGAUGAUAUCACAAAAGGAAGGAAGUUACUGCAGAUGCCAGGAGCUGCACUUCCUUUCCCGCCCCUCAAGGUGUUGUCCAACGGGAGGCCGUGCGUGAUGUUCCAGGCCAGGAGACUGUCCCUGCGUUACCAGGGGCAGAAGCAAGUGGACCUGACCGAGCGAGCCUUCUCCCCUCAAAAGUCCGUGGACACCAGCCAGUCGGCGUGCCGCCGCGACAGAGCCACGCUGGUGAUGAGAUUCGGCGAUGUAGAUGAUUUAAGAGGCCUCGCCAUCAGGCUGCAGCUGUCCAACACCUUCUACGAGGCGUCGGGCCAGUGGUGGUUUUCCGUGGACAGCGUCUCGGUGGUCUACAACGCCUCGCAGGAAGCCGUGUUCAACGCCAGCGACGUAUACGCGCCGUCCUCGUCCUCGUAUCACUGCGCCCACGUCAGCAGCCUGGAUCGCCACAGCGCCCUCCUGAGGCCCGGCAGCGACAACGCCCGCCGCUGGACUCUCACCUUCGUCGACUUCCAGAUCCAGGCCUUCAACGUGACGUCGGGCAGGUUUUCGCCCGUGAGCGACUGCGCCACCUUCCUGACGCCGGCGGUCCUGAUGGGUCUGGUGACGUCGCUGAUCCUGCUGCUGGUUCUGGCCUACGCGCUGCACCUGCUGGUCCACCUCAACCGCAUGGAGGACGACGGCGAGCGCAAAGCCCGCGGCGACUUCCUACCGAGCCCGGAACAGCUGGAACGCUGCUGUGCCGAAAACGCAGCCGAGAAGGAUCUUCCCUAAGCAGGAUCCGGACUUUCCUGGAGGUUUUGCCGGAAUAGCAAUCGGUGGAUUUGCUUUUCUAAGAAAUACAAUAAAAAAUAUUUGUACCUAUA